CAUUAAACCGUACCCAAGCAAAGAGCACUUUUAACUUGCCAGGGCCUUUUCCAAGACUUUACCCACGCCAACUAUAUACCACGAGCCUAACCAAACAACAACGAAACUCAUAAGAUGGCAGUUAGGUCAGGAAGGUUCGGGACAUGGCUCAAAAUGCUUGCUGUCGGCGGCGUAGUUUGCGUAGGAGGCCCCGCGUUCGUCAUGUGGGUACAGCCGACCGACGAGGAACUCUUCAAGAAGUAUAACCCGGAACUGCAGAAGAAGAGCUUGGAGCGGCGGUACGAAAGGCAGAAGGAUUUCGAUGACUUCGUGACUCAACUCAAGGAAUAUUCGAAAUCAGAUAAGCCAAUAUGGGUGGUACAGGAAGAAGCCGCACGAAAGCGAAAGGAAGAAAUGUUGCGACAAGACUUCCUAGGUGCCGAAGAAGCGAAGGCGAGAAAAGAGGCCUUGAGGAAGGAGUCCGGACUAUCAUCUAGUUCUAAUAGUUGAAUAAUACCGCCUGUAUGAUUUACGAAGUAUCAUUGAAGUACCAUUGUAUUAUAAGAUACUGGAACAGAAUUUUGAAAGGGAAAAAGCUGGGGUCAAAAGGCAUGAUAAUAAGGCGUUUGGACAAAAAUCGGGCGCAAGUCGUUUGCGGGUUGUGAUGUAUUUCUACCUGUAUAAACGAUCAUGAACGCCUAUCAAUGUUUAAUCAUGCAAAUAUGUAUGAUACUAUUUACGAGUUUAUCUAUCUAGAGAGACUUUU